CAAAAUUUUCACAAAAUCUUUACAAUGGCAACUAUGUGCACUCUCAAAAAUGAUGUGUUAAAUAAUUACACAUUUUUUGUGUUAUCACAAUUUUAACACAAUUUGUGUUAUUUUGUGUUGUUAAUGUGUUAUAUUACUGGAAUAUACUGCCCAACACAAAAUGUGUUAAAUUAUUGGCCAAUCCCUGGUGUCCUGGAUGAGCUGUUACCCUGAGAAGAGAAGUUAUUUUUCUCAGCACUUCAUUUUAUCUUGGCGCGCACUUGAAGAAGUUGGAAGGUGGCACUGGCACACAGUGGAUGUAAAUGUCUGAAUAAAAGCUACAAGGAGACAUGGCGAUGCCGAAAUCGCUUGUUACCAUAUUUCUGGAUGACAAGGAAAUCAGCAAAAAAAUAUUUCAGCUGGAGUCUGUCGAAGAGAUAGUAGAUGACUGCAAAUCGAAUGCAACACUACUCCUUGACAGUGAACUCCUUGAAUGUGACAGAAUUCUCAAAUUCUCCCCUGAAUUGAAUGAAUUCAUUGAUAUAGACUGCCAUGACUUUGUUCAACACAUGGACAAGUUCCAGGUGUUUUUCAAGACACGUGAAGCAUCAAUGUUGGUAUGUAUCUUUGCAAUGAUAAUUCUUCAAUAUUGUGACGACCCCACCACUCCACUUGGGGCCUCUGUGUUCUUUGCUGCUUUGCUCUCCCUUUGCAGGUUCCAGGUCGUGGGAGGGUCAUCUUCCUGAUGAGACACCUGGGCUGGUGUGGUGCUAUUUAAGGCUCACCCUUCUGCAGAUCUGGGCUGGCUCUUGUUGAUGCAGCCAUUGCUUUUGUUCUAUUUGUUUGACACACAUUCACACACAUGCUUACACUACUGAUUACUGACAUUUAUAUAUAUGUUUGGUUGUUUAUACUCUUGGUUUGUGAAUAAAUGUAAGCUAAUUUCACUCUUUAGUCUGGUCUCCCAUCUUUGCCACCGUCAAGAGCCGGGCGGUGACAAGUGGGGGCUCGUCCAUUUCCGGUUGACCGGGGUUUGUAUUUGGGUAGUUGGUAAGAUCUGUCUGGUUUUACGUUAGUGAGCGGUUGUAGCUUGUUAAGUUCAGUGAUUGGUGAAUGACUUCACAUUCUGUUGACGCGGGAGACUUGGACUAGAGGGUAAGCAAUCCAUUUUGUUUUGGUUAAUUUAAGUGGCUGUAACAGGAGGAAAUUGUGCUAAAGGUAGUGUUUUCUGUGCUUUGUCCUAUGUGUGAUCAUUAGAGUUGCCGUUGUUUUGUCCCUGAUAGGUGAAGAGCAACUUCCCUUGGAAGAUUGCUGGGGGGUUUUGUAGUGUGGUGUUAAAUGUGGCUGGAGCAGUUGUCUCGGGAGCACGUCCCAAGCUGCUGGUGGGGUCGGCAUUUACUGCUUGCUCCACCGGGCUUGCGGGUUUCAGUGCGUAAAUACCCACCGCAAAAACGCCUGAAGACUAGGGGGUGAGUUAGUUAGUUUUGAUUAGGCAGUUAGAGGGACAAGACCACGGUAACGGUUUGGUUGGCUGGAGCUGAGAAUGGCUAGUGUGGAGGAUUUUUUGCGAGCUCCAUCAGAGGAGUGGCUGGAGCGCUGCUCACGUGAACAGUUAGUGAAAAUUGCAGAGUAUUAUGAGUUGGAUGUUGGGGAUAAAAGAAUGAAGGAAAACAUUAAGGCAAUUGUGAAAGCUAAUCUGUUGGAAACAGGGGUUCUCAGACCUAAAUUGCAGGUUGCUGGUGCCCGGCUGGAUGUUUCGGAUGCGCUUUUGAGUGAAGUUGGUUUGACGUUUGAGCAGAGGAGGGAGUUGCUUCUGCUGGAAACGGAACGGGAGAGAGCGAAAACGGAACGAGAGAAAUUCGUUAUGGAGCGGAAGCGACUUGAGUUGGAGGAGCGUAGGCUGAGUUUGGGUGGAUCUGAGACAGGGGUGAGUUUUUCUCCAAGGGUCUCUGGUGUAUUUGAUGCUGUGGGUAGCUUGCGGUUGGUUCCUCGGUUCUGUGAGCACGCCUUCGAGCGUGUGGCCGAGAGUAGGGGGUGGUCCGACUCCGAUCGCACGUUACUUUUGCAGUGUGUGUUGACGGGUAAGGCACAGGAGGCGUACUCUGCUCUAACUAUAGUUGAGAGUAGAGAAUAUGCGACAGUUAAAGCUUCAGUGUUGCGCGCAUAUGAGCUUGUACCUGAGGCAUAUAGGCAGAGGUUCCGGACAUGGGAGAAGUCGAGUAGGCAGACACAUGUUGAGUUUGCGAGGGAGCAGUGUACUCAUUUCAGUCGCUGGUGUUCUGCUGUGAAGGUAGAUACUUUUGAUGCUCUAUGUGAUCUGAUUGUUUUGGAACAAUUUAAAAACUCUGUUCCUAGUCAUAUUGCUGUUUAUAUCAGUGAGCAUAAAGUGAAGACUGCGGCAGAAGCUGCCACCCUAACAGAUGAGUAUGUGCUCACACACAGGAUUGAACGUGAGUAUAGCGGUAGAGAUAGCAGGAGCGAUACCGGGUUGCUCAGUACUGCAAGUAAGUGGGAGGAAACGCGUUAUCAUGGCCUGAGUAGACCAGGGCGUUCGGUGCAGGGUCGAGUGCCAUUGGACUUAGGGAAGGUGUGCCACUUCUGCAAGGGCCAGGGGCAUUGGAAGGCUGACUGUCCCAAAGCUGGACGUGGGAAGGAAGGAGUACAGGUUAGGUCGAAUGUGUGUGCUACCUCUGUGCCAUAUGUCGGGCCUAUUUCUUGUCAGCAGGUGGAGGCUGAAGUUAUGGACGGUUUGAAGGACUCGUUCUCUGCUUUUCUGUCUGAUGGGAGUGUGUCUUUGGUGGGCAGCGACAGUUCUGUACCUGUAAAAAUCCUAAGGGAUACUGCUGCUUUUAAUUCAUAUAUUGUGAGUUCGGUGUUGCCUUUUUCUCAUCAAUCUGAUACAGGAGAUUAUGUCCUCAUGAGAGGCAUGAGUUUGACAGCGUCACCUGUUCCAUUGCACAAAUUUGUGUUAAACUGUGGUUUGGUCCAGGGUGAAGUUGCUAUGGGAGUGCGCCCUGCAUUGCCUGUUGAUGGUGUAGAUAUCAUUCUAGGGAAUGAUCUGGCAGGCAGUCGUGUGUGGGCUAAGGGUUCACCACCGCCCAUUGUGACUACUUCACCCUUGGUUAUAGGACAGCUGGAUGAAGGUGCAUGUGGGUUUCCUGAGGUGUUCCCCGCUUGUGCAGUAACACGGGCCAUGCGCCAUGCUGAACGGGACCUUGACCAGAUUGAAAAGGGUGACAAGGAGACAUUCCCGGUGUCCUUUCCUGAUCCUCUUUUGUCUGUUUCCUGCAGUGACCUCAUGGCAGAACAGAGAGCAGAUUCCUCCUUGAAAUCACUGUAUGACAGGGUUGUCACUGAUGCAGAUGGAAGGAGCGCUGCUAAUGGUUAUUUUGUGCAGGAUGGAUUGUUGGUGAGGAAGUGGAUGCCACAUGGGGACAAUUUUGUUGGUGAUCCAGUGUUGCAGGUUGUUGUCCCAUCUAAAUUUCGCACUGAGGUUCUGAAGGCCGCCCAUGAUCACUGUGGGCAUUUGGGAGUGCGUAAAACAUAUGUAUAUAUUUUGCGUUACUUUUUCUGGCCUCGUGUGAAGAGUGAUGUGUCCAGCUACAUUAGAACAUGUUUUACAUGUCAGCUAACUGGGAAACCAAAUCAGGUUAUUAAGCCAGCUCCACUGUACCCUAUUCCAGCUAUUGCACAACCAUUUGAGCAUCUGAUUGUAGACUGUGUGGGCCCUUUACCUUGUUCUAAAUCAGGUAGUAAAUACUUACUGACUGUCAUGUGUCGAAGUACAAGGUACCCGGCUGCCUACCCAUUGCGUAGCAUUACUGCUAAGUCGGUGGUAAAGGCGCUCCCGCAGUUCAUCUCCAUUUUCGGUAUACCGAAAGUAAUUCAGAGUGAUCAGGGCUCAAAUUUUUCUUCUCGGCUGUUUGCUCAAGUGCUAAAGCAGUUAAGGGUUAAACAUAACCAGGCUUCCGCAUAUCAUCCUCAGAGUCAAGGGGCCCUGGAAAGAUUUCACCAGACUUUGAAGUCUCUGUUGCGUGGGUAUUGCGUUGAGAUGAACCAGGACUGGGAAGAGGGGCUUCCAUGGUUGCUGCUAGCCGCUAGGGAGGUGGAGCAAGAGAACACGGGUUUCAGCCCCAACGAACUUGUUUUCGGGCACACGGUGCGUGGGCCGUUGACUUUAGUGCAUGAUCCUGUUGCAAAACAUGAACCGCCUGUAAAUUUGAUUGAUUACAUUAAUGGUUUUCGACAUAGGUUGUAUGCAGCAGGAGAGUUGGCUAAGGAGAAGUUGGCCUCUGCGCAGGUAAAAAUGAAGCGUCUGUAUGACCGGAAAGCUGAGCAGCAUCAGUUUAGUCCUGGUGAUCGCAUGUUAGCUUUGUUGCCUAUGGUGACUUCUCCAUUUCAGGCAAAAUUCACUGGUCCUUUCACAGUGUUGCGGCAGGUUUCAGAGCAGAACUACUUGUUGUCAACACCUAAACGAAGGAAAUCGACUCAACUCUGCCAUGUUAAUCUGUUGAAACCCUAUUUUGAGCGUGCGCCACCGGUUUCUGAUUCAAGUGGCAAGGAGCAGGACCGGUCGGUUAGGUCAGUUUCGGUGGCAGCCACAGUGGAAAGCGGUUCUCCACAGCAUUCGGUUGUGCAGGAGGAUGAUGGUGUGACCCCACCGGAUGAGAGUUUGCUGCGAGGCCGGUUAAAAAACUCUGAGACGCUGCGUAACCUAGACACUUUGCUUGGUCAGCUGUCAGUUGAGAGGCGUGCUGAGUUGUCUACGCUAAUUGCCGGCUAUCAUGGGCUGUUUGGUGAUACACCGAGCCAAACGCAUUUGAUUGAACAUGACAUCGUUGUAGGUGAUGUACAGCCUAUCCGCCAGCGUUUUUAUCGGGUGUCUGAGGGAAAACGUAAGGUGAUGGAAUCAGAAAUAAAGUACAUGCUUGAGAAUGAUAUUGCAGAGCCCUCGUCGUCUAGUUGGGCAUCCCCUUGCUUGUUGGUGGAUAAGUCUGAUAAGAGUCCUCGGUUUUGUACAGACUAUCGGAAGGUAAACGCAGUCACCAAGCCUGAUGCAUAUCCACUGCCGCGCAUGGAAGAUUGUGUGGAUCAGGUUGGUUCAGCAAAGUAUGUCAGCAAAUUCGAUUUGCUGAAGGGUUACUGGCAAGUACCGCUGUCAAAACGAGCAAAGGAGAUAUCUGCUUUUAUCACACCCUUUGGCUUGUUUUCCUACAACGUGAUGAGCUUUGGACUGCGGAAUGCACCUGCAACGUUCCAGCGGUUAAUGAAUAUUGUUGUGUCUGGGCUUGAAGGAUGUGCCGUUUACUUGGAUGACGUUGUGGUUUAUAGCAAUACCUGGGAGGAGCAUUUGGUUCGCAUCAGGAUGUUGUUUGAACGUCUGAGUGAAGCGCGUCUUACAGUAAAUUUGGCAAAGUGUGAGUUUGCUAAGGCUACUGUCAGUGGGUCAGGGGCAAGUGCGGCCAGUGCAAGCAAAAGUCUCUGCUAUAGCAAAGUAUCCUGUGCCAGCCAAUAAAAAGGAACUGCAACGUUUUCUGGGUCUGGUGGGCUAUUACCGCAGUUUCUGCGAAAGCUUCUCAACAGUGGCAGCACCUUUUAACAGAUUUGUUAAAAGGAAAAGCUAAAUACAUCUGGUCGUUGGCCUGUCAGCAAGCUUUUGAGAACAUAAAAAAUGUUCUGUGCUCUCCUCCCAUUCUAGCUGCUCCGCAAAUGGAUAAUCCUUUUAUUCUACAUGUAGAUGCGAGCGACGUGGGGGUAGGUGCUGUCUUGUCCCAAAAUGAUGAUGGUGGAGUUGAACGACCGGUGACUUUCUACUCCAAGAAAUUUAAUUCCUUUCAGAGGAACUAUUCUGUCAUUGAGAAGGAAACGCUAGCACUCAUUUGGGCGUUACAGCAUUUUGAAGUCUACCUUGAUUCUGGUAGCAUCCCCUUGGUGGUUUAUACAGAUCACAAUCCUAUCACCUUUUUGCAGUCUCUACAUUGCCCAAACCGUAGAUUGAUGAGAUGGGUUUUGUUCCUGCAGCCAUAUUGUUUGGACAUCCGUCACAUAAAAGGCUCUCGAAAUGUUGUGGCGGAUGCUUUGUCGAGAACACCUUGAUUCACUUGUAAGGUUACAAUUUCCUGGUUUCAUGGCUCUUUGCUGUACUCUUAAACUGCUUCUCCAGGCGCGGGAGUUGCUGGGUUACAGUGGGGUCUGCUUGGUGGCCAGGUAUGUUCUUCCGAGCGGGUCAGUAUUAUGCAAAUGGUUGAACUGGAUUAUUUUGAGGGGGGUAUUGUAUGUCCUUGGUAGAAUUUUUUUGUAAAUAUUUGGUUGAACACGUGGGCUAUACUUAAAUAACAUUUUGUGUAGUUGUGGUUGGUCGGCAUUCCUGGUGGGAAUCCCGUUUUUAAGGGGGAGGGUGUGACGACCCCACCACUCCACUAGGGGCCUCUGUGUUCUUUGCUGCUUUGCUCUCCCUUUGCAGGUUCCAGGUCGUGGGAGGGUCAUCUUCCUGAUGAGACACCUGGGCUGGUGUGGUGCUAUUUAAGGCUCACCCUUCUGCAGAUCUGGGCUGGCGGGAGCGAGUUGGCGGCAUCGAGGAGAGUCAAACAAAAGUAUUAGUGAUAUGCUAAGAUGGAGUUUGGACCUGGAAGAUUGGCGAAGUCUGGUAUCGUUAGUGAUGAUAUGGAGUAUGAUGAUUCAGAUGCAGAAGUGUGGAAUCCCGUGACCAGUAUGAAAAAGAAUAGAACAAGAAGGUGUUCUGAGAUGAGUGAUAGUGACAGAGAAAAGCAGAAUGAGUCGAAAAAAGCAAGGAGGAAGGAGGAAGGAGAAGUGUGGAAAGUGAUUGUGGAGUUUGAAGAGAUAUCUAGUAGCAAGCUACACCCAGUCAAACUGUCGAAAGCUAUGAGGAAUGAGAUUGGUUCGGUCAAACAGGCAAGGUUCUUGAGCAAAGGAAGGAUGUUAAUAGAAGCUGUUAACAAGGAUCAGCAAGAAAAGAUUUUGAAAAUGAGUACACUGAACGAAGUGAGAAUCAAAAGUCAUAUCCCUGGUAUAAAUCGUAAGAUACGUGGAGUGAUAACCGGAGUGCCAAUAGACUUAAGUAUUGAAGAACUGCAGAAAGAAAUCAAGGGAGCCAAAGUGACUGUUGAAAAAAGGUUGUCCACCAGAUACCAGGGGAAAAUAGUGGACAGUUUGUCUGUGCUUAUUCAGUUUGAAGGGGCAAUAAAGGAUAAGGUUACGAUUGGAUACCUGAGUUACCCGGUUAGAGAAUUUGUUCCCAGGCCAUUGCGGUGCUUUAAAUGCCAGAGGUUUGGGCAUAUAGCAGGACAAUGUAGGGCAAAGCCAAGAUGUGCCAAAUGUGCAGGGGAACAUGAAUAUGGUAAAUGCGAGGCAGAGGCUAAAGCUAAAUGCUGCAAUUGUGGAGGGGAUCACAGUGCGGCAUAUCAAGGAUGCGAAGCACAGAUUAAAGCAAAAGAAAUUCAGAAAUAUAAAGUCCAGAAUAAAGUAACAUAUGCAGAGGCAAUCAAACAAGUAAAAGGACCACAAGGUGGUGCAAGUGUGGGUGUUGUUGAACCCUCUGAGUAUUCACAGCAAGCUUUAGAGCCAGUAGGUUUGCAAUGUGAUGUGAAUAAGGACACUUUGAUUGUGGAUAAGGCUAACUUUGUAUUCUUCAUGGCGAAGGUCAUAAAUCUAGCUAUGCAGGACAAAAGUACAAGGUCAGAUCGGAUAAAGAUUGUUGUGGAGGCAGCAAGGGAAUACUUAGACAUAAAGGAUGUAACGGGAGAGAUGGUACAGGAUGAGAUCAAUAGAAAUGAAGGGGUUACUAAGUAGUAUAAUAAUGGUGUUCCUUAUUCUGCAGUGGAAUGCCAGAAGCCUGAUAUCGAAUGGGCAAGAAUUUAAGAGAUAUAUAGAGAAAUUAGACGUUAAACCAGAAAUCAUUUGUAUACAAGAAACAUGGAUGAAAUCACACUUGGAUUUUAAAAUUGUAGGAUACAACUCAGUUAGACUGGAUAGGAAUGAGCGGCAGGCAGGGGGAUGUGCAACGUUUAUUAAGGAAGGAAUAUUGUAUGAAAGAGUACCAAUGAAUUAUGAAACUAGUCUAGAGAUAAUUGUUAUUGAAAUCUGGGUUAAUAAAAGGAAAAUGACUAUAAUCAAUGUGUACAAUCCAUGUAAGAAAAUUAAGUUGGGGGAAUUGGAGAGGGUAGGACAAAGGCAAAAUGCUAUAUGGUGUGGAGAUUUUAACGCACACAGCACGUUAUGGGGAGGAAGGAAAGAUGAUGAUAAUGGGAAGGUGAUAGAGGAAUUAAUGGACAACAAGGGAAUAGUUUGUUUAAAUAAUGGGGAGGGGACAAGAAUAAAUGUAAGCAAUGGAGUGGAGUCAGUGUUAGAUCUUACACUAGUAACAGAUACACUGGCAGGAGUAUGUUCAUGGGAAGUAAGGAAAGAAAUGACUGUUGGAAGUGAUCACUAUCCUAUAAUCAUUGGAGUAGAAUUGACAAUUGAAGAGUGCAAUCUAGAAAGAGUGUUGAAUUGGGACUUUCACAAUGCAGAGUGGGAACUAUUUAAGGAAAUAAGUGAGAAAGAAAUGUUAGAAAUUGAGAUAGGAGAAGAUGUUGACCAGCUAAAUACGAAUGUGUGCAGAGUUAUAUUAGAGGCUGUUGAGAGAACAAUUAAGAGGAAAGAAGGAAAAGGGAAAAAGAGGAUGGUACCAUGGUGGAACAAAGAAUGUAGUAAAGCAAUCAAGAGUAGAAAUAAAGCAUUUAGAAGGCUAAAGGGAAACCAUAGGUUUGAGAACCUUAUUGAAUAUAAAAGAAGUCAAGCAAAUGUAAGGAGAACUAUUAAAAAUGCAAGGAAAACUUGUUGGAGGAAUUUUUGCAAUUCGGUGGGACGGGAAACGGAAUUGGGACAGAUUUGGGGCAUGAUUAAAAAGAUGAAUGGAGUUAAGAGAGAAUAUGGAUAUCCAGUUUUGAAGGUAGGGGAAACAAUAGCAAUGAAGGAAGAAGAAAAGGGGGAGAUGUUAGCAAAGGCUUUUGUGAAAGUUCAUAGUUCAGAAAAUAUUAGUGAAGAGGGAAAAAGAGGGAGGGAGGCUACUUUAGUGGAGUAUGAAGUGUUGAUGCAAGAUGAGGAAGAAAAUGAAGAUUUGCUUAAUAAGACUUUCACAAUGACAGAAAUGAAUCGUGCAUUAAGGAAAACAAAGAUGACCGCACCAGGAAAGGAUCAGGUUUGUUAUAUAAUGAUAAGUAAUUUAAGUGAGGCAGCAAAAGGAAUAUUAUUGGAGUUAUACAAUAGAGUUUGGAAGGAAGGUAAAUUACCAGAAAGUUGGAAGGAGGCAGUUAUUGUACCAAUACCUAAACCAGGGAAGGACAGUUCUAACCCAGAGAACUAUAGGCCAAUUGCCUUAACAUCGAAUAUAUGUAAAAUAAUGGAGAAAAUGAUAAAUGAAAGAUUAACAUACUAUAUGGAGAGUAAAGGAUUUAUGUCAAAGUAUCAGAGUGGGUUCAGAAAGGGGAGGAACACUAUGGAUCCGACCAUAUGCCUAGAACAUGAGAUCAGAAAGGCACAGAUAAAUAAGGAAAGUGUUGUAGCUGUGUUUUUUGAUAUUGAGAAGGCAUAUGACAUGAUGUGGGUAGAAGGAUUAUUAUUUAGAUUAAGGAAGUUGGGAGUUAAAGGGAGAAUAUACAGAUGGAUUGAAGAUUUUUUAACUGAGAGAUCAAUACAGGUGAGAGUAGGAAAAAGCUUGUCAGGGAAAUUUAAAAUAGAGAAUGGAACACCACAGGGGAGCAUAAUUAGUCCACUAUUAUUUUCCAUUAUGAUAAAUGACGUUUUUGAAGAAAUAGAGAGUGGUAUGGGUUUUUCAUUAUUUGCAGAUGAUGGGGCAAUAUGGAAGAGGGGGAAAAAUAUGAAAUUCAUUGUUAAAAAAUUACAGGAGGCAAUCAAUAGAGUGGAGGAAUGGUCUUAUAAAUGGGGUUUUAAGUUUUCGGUAGGGAAGACAAACAUAAUGUUUUUCACCAGGAAAAGAGUGGGAGAUGAGAUUAAAGUAAAACUUUAUAAACAAGACCUAAAAAGAGUAAAACACUAAGUUAUUAGGAAUGUGGUUUGAUGAAAGGUUAACAUGGAAUAUACACAUUCAGAAGGUUGUGGACAAAUGUAAAAAGGUUAUAAAUAUAAUGAGGUGUCUAGUUGGAAAAGAGUGGGGGGCGGAUAGAGUGGCACUAAAGGGUAUAUAUGAUGGUUUAAUUAGAGCGUUUAUAGAUUAUGGGAGUGUGGUAUAUGGGGCAGCAGCAGAGACACAUAUGAAGAAACUGGAAGGGAUACAGAAUCAGGCAUUGCGUUUAUGUACAGGCGGUUUUAAAACAACACCUAUAGCUGCGCUGCAGGUAGAAAUGGGGGUCAUGCCUAUUGAUCUGAGAAGGCUGCAAUUGUCACUGACAUACUGGGUGCAUUUACAAGGACAUAGCAAGGAACAUCCAGCGCAAGACACGUUAAAACCUAGUUGGGAAAAAGAGAAAAAGGAAGUUAGGAAUUUUGGUUGGACAGCAGUGCAGAGGGCAAAAGAAAUUGGAAUUGAAAAGAUACAGUUUAGUCCAACAGUACCAAUACCAGCACUCGCACCCUGGAUUCUUCCAGAUGCUACAGUAGAUCUGACAAUUUUAGAAAGGAAAAAUAAAGAUAGAGAGUUUGUUUGUAAUGCCAUAAGUGUGCAGGAGUAUAUUGAUGAGUUCUAUGGGUAUGUAAAGAUAUAUACAGAUGGAUCAAAGAGUGCAGAAAGUAAAGUAGGAGUGGCAUUUUGGGUCCCGGAGUUUCGGGUGCGGGUGGGUAAAAGGGUCAGUGAUGAAGUAUCGGUGUAUACAGCAGAAAUGAUUGCAAUUUUAUUGGCAAUACAUUGGGUAGAGGAAACUAGACCAGUAAGUGUUUUAAUAUGUUCGGACUCAAGUUCAGUUUUAACCAGUCUACAGAGCAGUAAGUCGGAUAGCAGGCCGGACAUUUUAAUAGAGAUAAAACAGAUUUUAUAUAGAAUAGAGAUGAUGGGUAUAACAGUGGUGUUUGUGUGGGUACCGGCACAUAUUGGAGUGAGAGGGAAUGAGGUGGUAGAUAAGGUGGCAAAAGAGGCAACAAAAUGUGAGGAAAUUGAAUUACGUAUAAAUAUCAGCAAGAUGGAGGGUAAAAACAUAAUUAAAAGGAAAAUGAAGGAGAAAUGGCAGAAGAGGUGGGAGGAGGAGAGGAAGGGAAGGUGGUUUUAUAAAAUUCAGAGGAAAGUAGGAGAGGCCAGGGGAACAGGAAGGAGCAGAAGGGAAGAAACCGUAAUAUCAAGGCUGAGAUUUGGACAUACAGGGCUAAAUGCAUCGCUAUUUAUUGUUCAAAAACAUGACACAGGGAGGUGUGAUCAUUGUGAGGAGCAGGAAACUGUAGAUCAUGUAAUGAACAGCUGUAGGAAGUAUGAAGUAGAGAGACGACAAAUGCAGGAUAAGUUGGCAGAAAUUAAAGAAAGAUAUGAGUUGGUGAAUAUAUUAAGGAAGAUGUCAGGAGAUAGAUGCUAUAGGCACGUAUUUGGAUAUCUAAAAGAAACACAUUUGAUAAAGAAAAUAUGAAAUCCGGGUAACUCAGGGUUACAAUAGUAAAUAAAGACGCAUAAAUAAACCAGUAGGUGGCGGUAAUGCACAUGUUUGUUUGCCAACUGCCAAUAAAACCAAGAAGAAGAAGAAGAUCUGGGCUGGCUCUUGUUGAUGCAGCCAUUGCUUUUGUUCUAUUUGUUUGACACACAUUCACACACAUGCUUACACUACUGAUUACUGACAUUUAUAUAUAUGUUUGGUUGUUUAUACUCUUGGUUUGUGAAUAAAUGUAAGCUAAUUUCACUCUUUAGUCUGGUCUCCCAUCUUUGCCACCGUCAAGAGCCGGGCGGUGACAAUAUAACGAAUGAAACAAAGAAACAAGAAAAGUACCACUAUGAUUUGUAUAUUCUAAAUAACUACUACCGCCUUAGCAUAGACACAAUGACCAAUAUAUACAAGGGAUGUUUGAUAAUAAUAAUUUGUCUCUUGUAACAUUUUAAGACUGAACACUCGGAUGCAGUUGAAAUAGUCCCAACAAAUCAAAUCAGGGUAUGUACACCAUCUAAUGUGAUAACAUAAUAUAACGAAUUAAACAAAGAAACAAGAAAAGUACCACUAUGAUUUGAAUAUUCUAAAUAACUACUACCGCUUUAGUAUAGACACAAUGACCAAUACAAGUGAUGUUUGAUAAUAAUAAUUGUCUCUUGUAACAUUUUAAGACUGAACAGUCGGAUGCAGUUGAAACAAAUCAAAUCAGGGUAUGUACACCAACUAAUGUGAUAACAUGAAAAAUACUAAUUGGAAAUAGAUAUUUAUGGGGCUUGCAACUUUGCAAACAAAAGUGUACUUAGAGCUACUAGAAUGUACAGUAUAGAACAAGAAUGGCUGGACAGGACAAAACAUGUGAUGUGAAGGUCAACACUCAAGUGAACAUCUUAGCUAUGCAGUAAAUAAGCAUUACUUGUCAUAAUUGUGUGACUGGUCUUUGGGAACUACUUCAUUCAUCCAGUAGUCAACAAAUGCAUGCAGUGAAUACUUUCUGUACUAAUGAACACUGAAAUCAUCAGAAAUGGUUCAUGUAUUAUGUGGAUUUUAUUUGUUUCAACAGGAUCCCAUUGGUGUUGAAACUCUGAGAGCAGUUCUUGUGAGGAAAGGUGCAAGUGUUCUAGCAGAUUAUGAGGCCUCUGGAACACUCUGAGUCUUCAAGGAAACUCAUUGUUAAAAUCGUGAGUUGAUUGAGAGGAAGGGAUUGUAAGUUAAUACACCAUUUUACAAUUCACUUUAGCUUAUAGGUACUUAAAGCGCUUCUUUUAAAAUGUUUCAAUAUUAAUACGUCACUUCUAUUGUACAUUGAAAAUAUCAAUACAAUGUAUAUCAGUACUUUUGAAAGUAGUGACAUAGUUAUAGACUGAAAGAAAGCCUGUUUAAAAAGUCUGUAAGAUAGCUGUAUACUCUUUUAACUUUUAACUUCACUGAUUUGAAUUAUUUGUUUUAAUCGACAGUUAUCCACAAAGUGAAGACAAAUCCAAGUUGGCCAGAUCUAUGGUAGCACUUUUCCCGUCACUAAAAAUCAAGAUGGGAGAGGAGAAUGAGGGAUUUGUAAGUAGUGCUCAUUCAUUGUUAUAACAACUGUUAUGCCAGCCGCCAGAUACCUUGUCUUAGCUGAAUUACUGAAGCUAAGCAGGUGUGGUCCUGGUUAGUACUUGGAUGAGAGAGCUCCUUGGAAAACUAGGUUGCCGCUGGAAGUGGUGUUUGUGGGUGGCAAGUAGGUGGCACUCUUCCCUCUGGCCAAAAUGAUAGAUCCCAAUGCCCCAGUGCAGUUACGGGGACACUGCACUGUAGGAGAUGCCGUCCUUUGGAUGAGACGUUAAACCGAGGUCCUGACUCAUUGUGCUCAUUAAAGAUCCCAUGGCAAAGAGUAGGGGAUUCCCCGGUGUCCUGGCUAAAUUCCCAACCUGGCUCAUUCAAUGUGGCCCCCUAAUCAUUCCCCACUGUAAUUGGCUCGUUCACUCCCUCACUCCACCUCAAGCUGGUGUGUGGUGAGCGUUCUGGUGCAUAAUGACUGCCGUGCAUCACCCAGGUGGGUGCUACACAUUGGUGGUGGUUGCUAGUGAGGUCCCCCCUUCCAUGUGACGCACUUUGAGUGUCAAGAAAAGCGCUAUAUAAAUGUAAUGUGGUGUUAUUGUAACAGUGAAAGUUAAAGUACUAUAAUUCUGAUAUGAGUUUUAUAACUUAAUUUAAUUUAUUUUAAAAGAUUUGAAAUUAUACAAUUAAAGCAUAUUUACUGCUAUUGUACAAUAUAGAUCAUUCAUACAUACUGGUUCAGUGUGGUGAGUUGGUAAUCUACUUUAGAGUGAGUGACUCAACUGACUUGAAAAAUUUAAAGCUAGACAUAAUGACCACUAUAUCUGCAUAGAGAUUAAGCAUUUAGGGUUUCCUAUUAUUUGUACACACUUGUAUGUAUUCUACAUACUUUUGAGAAUGGAAAACUAUUUAAGUUCCUUUUCUUUUCCAGGAACAUUUCUAUGACCCCAUAUCCCACAGUGGAUUCCUUGAGAUCCGACUCCGAAAUCUAAGGAGGAAUCUUCAAGAUGAUCAACGCCGUUAUCAGCGCAAGCGUGUCAAGUCCACUGAUAACCCUAGAGCGUCCAUUAGGGUGGAAAUGCCUGCAGAAGGGGAUGAUUCAGUCAACGAAUGGAUGACGGUUAUAAAAAGAAUGAGACCGUGUCAGGAAAACCUCAGCACCAUCAAAGAAGCCAUGGACAAAACCUAUGCUAGCCGAAGGUUGUGGAUUGCUGCUAGACAUCCAACGUUGGAGGAAUUUUUUGCAGAGUUUCCACGCUUUGUGGACAUGCCAUACAUGGUGAGUGCAUAUUGUGUUGGGACAAUGAAAAUAAUGAAAGUUGGAUGAGUUGUCUUUAAUCCCUCUGAUAUCAUUCUAAUUAUUCAAAUUACCUAUUUGUAAUAACAAUUGUAAAAUGAAGAUGAAAAUAAUGAAAGUUGGAUGAAUUGUCUUUAACCCAUCUGAUAUUAUUAUAAUUAUUCAAAUGACUGUAUUUUGUCCAUUUAUGUAGUUUGACACAGAAUUUGGAAAGAUGUUUCCUGGAAAAGAUGACAUGUUCAUCCGAAAAUGGGAGGGAACCAUCAUCCCAAAGAUACUAAAAAUGUCCACAAGUGAACCUGCAGCUGCCUUGACACCAGUUCCUGAGGAUGAUGGUUGGAGGAAUUAUCUCUGUUAAGCUUUUGUGCUACAGUGAAUGAAUGCUUUUGAUUUUAACAAGAAAGUAAGAGUUUACUAAAUUGUGUUUGUUUUUAUAGUUUCAUGUUACAGAGCUCUUCAUAAGCUUGUCCAUCUGCUGCCCCCCACUGCAUCAGGCAGGGGCAAAGGGAACACCAAAUGCAGUGUGAAGUCAGCUUUGGGCUACCUUUUGGAUAUAAAGCCGGUAGGCCCCUCAUAUAGUAAAUGUUUAUUUUGUGUGCUUACAGUACGGAACGCCUAUAUUGUAUGUUUUGUGUAUGUUUUAUGGUGCAAUGUUAUAUCUGGUAUAAUGUAAAAUGAGUAUUGUCAAUUUGUAAAUGGCUUGAAACCCUGCAUAUGUCUAAUGACUUGUUUAUGUUCUUGUUCUUUCUUUAAAAUAACAGACUGGAACCAGCAUUUCCAGUGUGCUGAACAAUCCUCCUGAUAGACCAGUAGAACAUCGCCAGCCCCACUUGGUGUGCAUUGGAGAUCCCUCCGCCUCCGCCCAAUACAUCAUUGUUGCAGAAAACGACAAACUUGCCAUUCCUCUUAAGGAUAACGGUUUGACCUGUGCCAUUGACAAACUUUUCAAAAUGAUUUGGGUGUGUAAUGUUGCAUAUCCUGUCCAGCUCACUUGUCUUUCAUUUCUUUGAGAGUCUUUAUGAAGUGCCCCUCUCUGGUAGGAAGAGAGCUAAAGUUGUGGAGCUCAUUGCAAAGCUCCAAACUAUGAUGUAGCCAGUUUUACAAACAUGUACUGUUGUCCCAGGUGUAAAAUUAGAGUGAAAGAUGUAAGAAAACUAAUCAAUCAUCUUAGACAUGUGCAUGCAUUAUCUGAUGGACAGGAUUACACAAUUAUUUGCGGUCAAAACGUUUGCCAACGGAUAUACCAUAACUUUAAUUCAUAUGCCAGACAUCUCAGGAGAGACCAUCCUGAUACUCAAAGCUUAAAUACCAAUUUCACUGAGACUUUGCCAGACUUGUCACCACCAUCAUGCUCUAAUGCUGAUGAUUGUUCUGAAACUGAUAUGGACAUUUCAGAAGACAGAACUUAUAACUAUGAAAAGUGCGCGGCAGAAUUUGCUGCUAAAAUGUACUCAUCUUCCAACUGCACUCUUGCUGAUGUUCAAAGAAACAUGACAUGCUCUAAAGAGUUACUCGGCAGGGUAUUGGAUAGGUUGCAAGAAAAGACUGUAUCUGUACUUAAUAGUCAUGAUAUGCUUUGUAAUGAUCCAGAUGUCCAAAGUUUGAUGGAGGAAUUUGAAAGUGGGAGGAAUAUGUUUGAUGGAUUAGAUACCACCUACAAAAUGAACAAAUAUUUUUCAGAAAAUCUGUCUCUGGUGAAGCCAAAAUAAGUUUUCUUGGGAUAUCGAAGUGACACAGAACGAAAACAGGGUGUAUUAAAACAAGCUCUAAUAGCAGAUACAUUUCAGUACAUAUCAAUUAUUGAUACCCUCAGGUUUCUAUUUGAAAAUUAACAAAUGCCGGAGCUUUGUUGUCAAACCAAUAAAAGUAGUGAUGCUAAAAUGUCUGAUUACUGUGAUGGUAUUCGAUUCAGAGAUAAUGAAUUCUACAACAAAUUUCCAAAAGCUUUACAAAUACAACUUUAUUUUGAUGAUUUAGAAACAACAAACCCUCUUGGGUCCAAAACCAAGGUGCAUGAAUUGGGUGCUGUGUAUUUUUGCCUCAGGAACAUACCUGCUCGUUUUAACUCUUCUCUUGAAAAUAUUCAUUUAUGUUUACUUUUCAAUUCCAUAGACAGGGAGGUUUAUGGGUUUAACUCAAUAUUCAAACCUUUGUUAGAGGAUUUAAACAUUCUUGAAACAAGAGGGGUGGAAGUACAGAUACAUGGGAAAAACUCUUUAUUACAUGGUACAUUAUGCUUAUUUACCGCAGAUAAUUUGGCCUGUCAUUCAGUUGGGGGUUUCUUUGAAAGUUUUUCAGCCAAUAGGUUCUGCCAUAUAUGCCUGGUGCAUAAACAAAAUGCGCAACAUAUAUUUAAUGAUGAUCUCGUAGAAUUACGUAAUAGAGACAAUUACAGUCAACAUGUUGAACUUAACAAUCCUCCUUUAACCGGCAUUAAAGAAGACUCUUGUCUUAACUCUUUGAAUUUUUUUCAUAUCACUGAAAAUGUUUGUGGCGACGUGAUGCAUGACGUGUUGGAGGGAGUAGCCCCGCUGGAAUUGAAACUUAUGCUAAGACAUUUUGUAUAUGAUGAACAACUAUUCACAGACGACCAGCUUAACAGCCGGAUAGCUGGCUUCGACCAUGGUUUAAACAAUAUGAAAAGCAAACCUACUGCCAUUAUUCAUUUAAGAACAUCAGAGAAUCCCAUUAGGCAAAAUGCAAGUCAGAUGUGGUGUUUGUUGCUUUUUUUACCUUUCCUUAUUGGGGAUUUUAUUGAUGAGGGAAACAAACAUUGGCAAUUAUUUCUUUUACUUAGGCAGAUUUGUGAUAUAAUAUUUGCACCUGUUGCAACAAAAGGAUUAGCGAUGUUGUUGAAGCAGUUAGUCAUUGAUCACCACACUUUGUUCAAGAGUCUAUAUGACAGGCCUCUGAUACCGAAGCACCAUUUCAUGACGCAUUAUUGGCGAAUGAUGGUGUAUUUUGGACCACUUGGUAAACUUUGGUGCAUGCGCUUUGAAGGUAAGCAUGCUCCACUAAAACGGCAGGCCCAGGUUGUGUGUAAUUUUAUUAAUAUCUCAAAAACAUUAGCCUUCAAGCAUCAGGUACAGGCAAUGUUUAACUGGAAAUUGGGUAGUCCUCUUAAAGAUAAAAUUACUGUGGCAAACCGUUUUCCAGUCUUACUUGGUUCAUUAAAAGAAGAUGUCUGCUUAAUUGAUAACCUAAAGGCGAUUGGUCGUGAUGUUGGACAAUGCAGCUCUGUUCAUGUUGCACACUGUGACUGUGUUUGGUCAGAGAUAUCAAACAACUUGUAUAUUACCCCUUAACCGCAAUGAAAAUGGGGAGCUGGUUUUUGGAGAAGUAAUGCACAUUUUACCAGAAAGUGAAAAUCUAAAUGUUCUGUUUUUCUUAAGAAUACAUAACCAUUUCCAUGCAAUUGCAGUCCAGAGAACAGAGGACUUUAAACUAAUUAGUAUAAGAGAUUUAAUUGAUUUUAGACCAAUGCAUUUGAUAUUUUUUAACAAUGAUAUUUUUGUAAACCCUCGCUAUGAACUUGUGUAAUGUUUAUGUGUACAAUAUUUUUAAUAAAUAAUACAUAAUUUCACAUUAGGCUGUCAGGAAUUUAUCUUUAUUGCACUCAUUACUUGAUUUAAAUAA